AUGACAAUUCCCGAUGAAAUUUCGGAGGAAACUCUUCCCGAAGCAACAGGAGAAAAUGUUCUCGUCGGUAAAGCGAGUUUCGUUGAGAAGAACAAAAGUGCAAAUUUCGUUGAACUAACGGAAAAUUACACGUCGGAAGACAAAUCGUGGAAAGUCCCUAAAGGAACAAUCGUUGAAAGGAUUCCAUGUACGCCCAAAAAGAAUUCUGAUGGGACUGAAUUUCGCAAAGUGAAGAUUUAUGACAAAAAACAAACAACUUUUGAGGAACGUUGGAUGCCUACCUAUCUUAUUGCCAGCAAUGCAGAACGACAGGACUUUGCAAGUGCGGAAAUUAAGAGAAAAGUCUCGUUAACGGAACUGGUCGAGACAGAAGAGGAAUUUAUCCGGGAUUUGCACUACGUGAUACGAACGUAUAUGACGCCGAUGGAACUGAUGCCAAAAAACAUUCCGAAAAUCAUCAAGGAUAACAAGAAAAUUGUCUUUGGACAUUUCAGGAAUAUUGCGGAUUUUCAUAAAAACGUUUUGUACGAAGCCAUCAAGUACUGUCUACAGAAUCCGAGUGCUUUGGGAAAAACGUUUUUGCGAUUGGAGAGAGACUUUGAUGUUUACACGGAAUAUUAUGCCAGCGAGCCAAAGGCGCAGGAAAUUAUUUCGACGUGUGCGGAUUUAUUUUCGGAUCUUCAAAAAGUUGGUAAAGAUACCAAAGACUUGUCAACGCAUUUGAAAUUGCCAAUUCAACGGAUAAACGACUAUCAGUUGAUCUUGAAGGAUUUGAUAAAUUACACGCAGAAAGUCGGCGAGGACACUGAGGAUUUGGAACGUGCCCUUGAACUUGUGCAGAGUAUCCCGAGCAAAGACAGGUCCUUUUUGUCGGCGAUCGUUGGAUACAAGGGGAAUUUAUCGAAACUUGGAAAGCUUUUGGCGCACGACAAGUGGAUCGUUGUGACAGACGACGCGGAUAAAGACAAGGAACGUUACCUUUUUCUAUUCAAAACCAGAUUACUCAUCACAAAGAUAAAACGAUUGAACGAAGAAAAAUCCAUUUUUGAAUGCAAACAAACUAUUAAACUAACUGAUACAAAAUUAAGUGAACGACCUAACCAACCAAAUCUACUAAUCUUAACACUAAUUGACGGCAAACAAAUCGAGUUACUUGCUGAAGACGAAAACAUCAAAAAUUAUUGGAAAUCAAUUCUCGCGCAUAAAGACGAGGAAAAUUUCGAGUUACCUGCAAGAGUAACUGAGAAACCCGAGGGAAAACAAGAAGUCUUGAUUGUUGUUGAAGACGUUUCGGUAACGAAAGAACCGCAACGCAGAAACAGCAAGAAAGAAUCUCGACGAAAUAGCCUUAAAACCGAGGAUAAGGCAGAAGAAGUUCCUUCAGCGAAGGAAUUAACACGCAAAAAUAGCAUAAAAAAAGAAAAAUCGAGUGAAGAAACUUUACAACGAAGAAACAGCCUUAAAAGUAAAGAAAAUAAGGAAGAAGAAGCGCCUCUUAAACGUCGAAAUAGCAAAGACGAAGAAAAAGUUGAAACCCCAAAGAGACGAAAUAGCGUGAAAAGUGAAGAUUUAAAGAAAACCGAGGAAAAUAUUGAAGAAUCUUCUAUCAAACGUCGAAAUAGCAAAGACGAAGAAAAAUUAGAAGCGCCAAAAAGAAGAAAUAGCAUAAAAAGUGAAGAAAUAAUAAAAACCGAGGAACAAGAGGGAAAAACUCCAAGUCGUAAAAAUAGUGUAAAAUCCGUAAAAGAGGAAAAUUUAUCGCGUCGUGGAAGUUUAAAGACAAAAGAAGCACCUAAAGUAACUUUUGAAGAGCCUCCGCGAAGAUCUAGCUUAAAUACCGAAGACGCUACUAACAAUUUGCUUCAAAUUUUUGAUAAUCUUAAAGAAACUGUAGUUGAUAGCAUCUUAACUCUUUCUACCACAGGAGGAUCAAGAAACGAUCGUGACAUCGUAGACGACGACAAUAGUCAAGAAAACCAAAAUAACUCCGCUGACGACACAAAUAAUCAACAAAACACAAGUGACGAGUUCACUGAGAACGACCAAAACGCUUCAUCGUCAUCGAAUAACAAUCGUCGUGAUCCGCCCGAGGAAAAAUCUCCGUACGUAAAGUUACCGACAUUUUUCGAUCCGCCUCCGCCGACAGAAUACGUCGCGAAUUUAACGAUCCAAAUCAAAAAAGUCAAGCGAAAACCGCCAAAAAUCAUCCGAAAACUCGUUCCGGCAUCAAACGAUCUCGAACGACGAAGUCAAUUACUCCUUUCGGGCGAUUAUCCGUGCGAAAAAGUCGAUUUUUCCGCAGCUUCAGCUCAUCGGAAGAUCCGAAAUAUCAAACACACGUUCGAUAAGUCAGACGAUAACUUUCAUUUCACCGAAGAUACCGUCGAGAAGGCAAAAAGGAAGAAUUUCAAGCAAAUUUGCACGCCAGCUGCUGUACUCCCGGUCAAAUCCAAGGCCUUCGAGUAUCAAUAUCUCAUUGAAGACCCGAAAACAGGACUAUGCUUGUCGACGUCUGAAAUUGAAAAUUUUUAUUCACCUGAGGAAUUAGAGGUACUUAUACGAGAAAUUGAAAAAAUGGAGUCUGAAACGAAAUUUUCGUCGAGAAUUACGACAAGAAGAAUUAAAACUACAAUCAACUCUGAGGGAACAAACAACAUUUACAGCGAAUCGAGCGAAUCAUCGAUUAUUUCAAGUAAUGGCUCAUCAAGAGGAUUAAAGCCAAUUUUUACACAAACAAUCAAAGGAAAGAAGCUUGCACCCGGAGAAAAUGCAAGAUUUGAGAUCAAAACACAAGAACGUGUCUCUGCUGUUGAAUGGAUGAAGGACAAUAAACCGUUGGGCGAUCUUUUAGGAGAUCGUGCAACAUUCAAAGACGAGGGAAACAACACUCAUUCAUUGGAAAUUUCACGUUGUAUGGUUUCCGACAGCGGAUUGUACACCGCAAAGGCAGUACAUGGCUUGGAAACUUCGACAUGUACAGCGCAAUUGAUCGUCGAUAAGUCACUUGAUGACAAAGUAUCAGAUGACGGCGAAGGAUGUGCUCCUCAAUUUACUGUCGAAUUACGCAACAGCGAAGUCGUUGAAAAUACUUAUUUGACUUUCAUGGUUAAAAUUAAGGCUGAUCCAAAGCCAAAAGUUAAAUUUUACAAGAACGGUCAUGAAAUCAUGGAUUACGACAAACACAUCGUAAUUAACCGCGAUCUCGAGGACGUUGGAUUCUUCGAACUCAUUAUCAAGGAAGUUACGCCUAAAGAUGCCGGUACUUACAUGUGCAAUGCUUAUAACAAACACGGAACAGCUGAAUGCAAAGCUGAACUCACAGUUUGUGCUGAACGUGACAUCUUCCAUGACAUUGAAAACACGAAACAACUUGUUCCGGGCGAGAAACCAAACUUCAUUUGGCGCAAAGACAACCAAAUUUUCGAUCCGGAAGAGCGUUUCAAGAUCCUUUUGGGCACUGACGACGAUUCUCUUGCUCUUGUCUUCCAAAAUGUCAAGCCAGAUGAUGCGGGAUUGUACACGUGCGUCGCUCAAACGACAUCAGGCAACAUUUUUUGCAGUGCUGAACUCACGAUUCAAGGAAUUGUUCAACCAACGCCUGAUCCUGUGAAGCCCACACUCAUUGUCGAAAACAAAGAAGUCAGUGUCGGAAUCAACGGAAGCGCAAUUUUGGAUGUUAAAUUCGAGGGAUAUCCAAAACCGAAUAUCGCGUGGAAGUUUAAGGGCAAAACAAUUGAAACAAGUGAAAAAUACAAGUUUUUGUUCGGAGAUGCCGAAUCAAUGUCACUCGUCAUUAAAAACGUUACACUCGAAGAUUGCGGCGAAUAUACGAUCGAAGCUUCGAAUGAGCUUGGCGAUGACAAGGCAGAAGUUUCGUUGAACGUGAAAUAUCCGCCACGCAUCAAGAAACCCGACAACUUUGAAUGCAUGGUCAACGAACAACUUAAGAUGUCAAUCGAAAUCGAGGCAAAUCCAACUGCCAAAGCUGAAUUUUACAAAAAUGGCACAAAAAUUGUCGAAAAUGAGAGAAUUAGCUUUACGCGUGCCGAAAAUUACUAUCUCGUGAAGUUUAGUAAAGUUGAGUUGAACGAUGCGGGAAGUUAUUCCGUAAUUGCUUCGAAUGAAAUUUCUCAAGCUUCUGAAUUGUGGAAUUUGACGGUUUAUUCGCCGCCUGUCAUCUCGAAGAGUCUCGAUAGUCAAUAUGAUGUUGAAGAAAAGGAAGACAUCGAAUUGUCGAUCAAGAGUGAUUCGCAUCCGCCGCCAACUGUGAAAUGGUUGAAGGAUGGCAAACCGAUCAAUUUGAAUGAUUCUCGUGUCAAAAUCACGCAAGAUGGGAAUACGUAUACUUUGAAGAUCCACGGGGCGAAUCGUAAUGAUUCUGCAGUUUAUUCGGUAGAAUUGGAAAAUGAUCAUGGAACAACAGUUGAUAAGGCUGUUGUGAAUGUCAAAUGUGCGCCGCAGAUUCAGAACAAGUUGAAACCGAUUACUGUGAGUGAAGGAGAUACCAAUGUCGCAUUGACAGUUACUACCGAUGGAUAUCCAAAAGGAAAGGCUCAUUGGUUCCUUGAUGGCAUCGAAAUCACUGAAGCACGCAACGAAUUCGACAAAAAAGAAGAAGAUGGAGCAUAUUCGUUGAUUAUCAAAGACGCUACAACAGAUCUUCAAGGCAAAAUCUCCGUCAAGAUCGAAAAUAGUUACGGAUCUGAUUCGUGUGACGCUUCUUUGACUGUCAAUUGCAAGCCGAAGAUCAAGAAGCCUCUCGUCGAUGUCGAAGUUGACGAAGGAAAUUCACUUACUCUCAAUUUGGAAGUUUACGCUGUGCCUGAACCUGAAGUUCAUUGGUUCAAAGAUGGCAAAGAAAUCUCCGCAGAUGCAAAUAUCAAGAUAACACGUGACUCACAUCGCUCCGAAUCAUAUUCACUUACGUUGAAUAUCGUCAAGGGAAGUGACACAGGCGACUAUGAAGUGCAAGUUGUAAACAGCAUGGGUGAAGUUUCUUCCAAGAGUCGCGUUAUUGUGCAAGUUGCUCCUGAGAUUUUGGGACAUAAUUUGAAGGACAUCAGCAUGUUCGACUCCUUGCCUUUGUCGUACGAAGUCAAAGCCAAAGGUGUUCCAAAGCCCGAAGUCAUCUGGAUGCUCAAUGGAACAGAAGUUCAAGCGGAUUCUCGUGUCAAAUUCACGAACGACGAUCAACUUUACAAGAUGGAUAUUGUCGAUGUGAAGUUACAAGAUGCCGGCGAAUGGAAAGCUGUUGUACGAAAUCGCUUGUCAGAGAAGGCGUUAACUGCUAAUUUGGAAGUUAUUCCAUGCAACGAGUUCCGUCGCCCGAAAUUGACCGAAGGAUCUUCCGGAUUGCAAGAUAUGAAAGUACCAAAGGGAGAAACAGCGACUUUUACGUUGUCUUUGUCUGCUGAUCCAUUGCCCGAGAUCGAAUGGGAGCUUAAUGGAAAGAAAUUAACGCGAGAUGAUGUCAAAUACGACGUUCAAGAGGAAAAUUUGGAACAUGGAUUGAAAAAAUUCACGUUCAAAAUGCAAAUUCUCAAUGCGCAACACACCGACACGGGCGUUUACAAGUUCACAGCGAAGAACAAAUAUGGCAGUUUCAGCUCCGAUUGUCGUUUGGAUGUCUUGUUGAAGCCCGAAGUGAUCGGAUUGAAAGAUCAAAGUGUUUUGCCACUCGAACAAGCCGUUUUCCAUGCUGUCAUUCACGCAAAUCCCAAACCAAAAGUUGUUUGGACUCGCAAAGGAGAGAAUUUGUGCAAUGUCGAGAACUGUGACGUCAUCAGUGACUUUGAGAAGGAAGCUUUCACGUUAAUUGUUGAGAAAGUUACCGUCAAAGAUGAUGCCACGUACGUUUUGACAGCCUCUAAUGACAUCGGAGAGACAGUUGUUGAAGCUAAAUUGACAUGCAGAGUUGAGAAACCAACGUUCAAAACGAAGCCCGCAAGUGUUCUUGCCCACGAUUUACAAGAUGUCGAAGUCGAAGCUUCCGUAUCUGGCGUUCCUCAACCAACGCUCAAAUGGUACAUCGGAUCAAUGGAAAUCGAUCAAAGUACAUUAGAUGCCAAUAAACGUCUCAACGUAAUAACAUCUACCGUAGAUGACAACACCAUCAAGUCAAAACUCAAAAUCAGCGGAUUUACAACGACAGACGAGACAAAAUAUCGCGUUGUUGCUGCAAACAUGGCGGGAGAAUCGUCUGAAGACUUUUCGAUCUCCUUGAAAUCCGAAAAACCUGUAAUUAAGAAGAUGUUUGAUCGAUUCGCUGAAAUCGUGGAAGGAGAAAAACUUGAACUUGCUUGCGUUUUGGAUGGAUCUCCAAUUCCUACCGUUGAAUGGAUGAAAGAUGGCAUUAAAAUUGUGCCUGAUGAUCAUCUCAAAUUGACUGCUGAUAAUAAUGGAAAUGUGUGUCUCCUUAUUGAUCAUGUCAAACCAACGGAUGGCGGAUGUUACAAAAUGAUUGCUAAAAAUCCAAGCGGAGAGGAAUCUGCUUUGUGUGCAGCUGCAAUUAUGCCAAUUGCCAAAGCUCCCAAAUUCUUGGAUGAAAUCCCGAACAAAGCCCUUCGCGUUGGCGAUAACGUCGCAUUGGAAACACGUCUCGAAGCUUUCCCAACUCCCGAUGUCGUUUGGACCAAAGACGGUAUCCCAUUACGCAGUUCUCCGCAUAUCGACUUCAUUUCUUUGCCCUGCGGCAAAAUUGGCUUAAGCAACAAACAUCUCUCCGUCGAAGAUUCCGGUAUUUAUACCGUUACAGCAACAAACGAACUUGGCUCCGCAACUUUGUCAGCAUUCGUAUCUGUCGAACCGAAAAACGAGAAGCCAUAUUUCGUCAACGAACUCCAAAGCACAGAAGUUGUUCCCGGAUUUUCAGCUGCUUUACAUGCAAAAGUCAUGUCAUAUCCUCCCGCGCAAGUUGCAUGGACCUGUAAUGGAAAGGAAAUUCAUGAUAGCGAUAAAUAUCAAAUUUCUGAACCAUCACCCGGGGAUUUGACACUUCUCAUUCGCGAUGCAACGCCCGAAGAUGCCGGCAAAUAUGAGUUAAUUGCCACGAAUGAACUUGGUCAAUCGCGUUCUUUGGCAAAUGUGAGAGUUGUACCUACCGUGAAUGAAGAUGCGGAAGAAGAACAACCGAUUUUCACGAGCCCGUUGAAGGAUGCGAUCGUAAACGAGGGCGGCGAACUCGAAUUGACAGCUCGUUUCUCAGGAAAUCCCGUUCCUGAAGUAUUUUGGAAGAAAAAUGGCGAAACAAUGGAACCAGAUAAGCGUGUUGCCUUUUCGUGUGAUGCUCGAAGCGCUACUUUACGCAUUAGUCCUGCUGAAUUGAGCGAUACAGCACAAUACGCGUGUUUCUUGGCGAAUCCAUUGGGCGAAGCUGAAUCCGCUUGUGAAUUGGAUGUACAAAAAGUGUAUCAAGCUCCUCAAUUUAUUCAGAAAAUUUCGCAUGUCUUUGUCACUCAAGGCGAAAAUGCGAAGUUAUGUGCUCGUGUCGUUGGAACUCCUCGUCCCACGGUACAUUGGAAGAAAGGAAAUGAAGAUAUCACGAACAAUCCCGCUUAUGAGGCGAUUUACAGCGGCGAAAAUGUCUGUUUAGUCGUCAAGGAUUGCCAAAAAGCUCAAAGCGGCGUCUACACUUGUUACGCCGAAAACAUCGAAGGCAAAGCGGAAUGCGUUUUCAACCUUGAAGUUCAAGAUCACGCUGAAAAAGCUUCAGAUGCUGAACCUCCAAGCUUCCUUAAACCCAUUAACGAUAUCGAAGCUGUUAAACAUACUGCUGUCAAAUUCACCGCUUGUAUUGCGGGAAAUCCCACGCCAUCCGUUGAAUGGUUCAAAAAUGGCCAAAAAUUGUACAAUGCUGAUCGUGUGCAACAAUUGAACGAACCAAAUGGCGUCACGAAACUCGUUAUUGACAACAUCAAUGAAAAAGACACCGGCAACUAUUCGUGCAAGAUCAAAAAUCCUCAUGGCGAAAGUGUUUGCGAUGCGAAACUCACGUGUCAUGAUCUCAUUACGUAUCCAAAACUCCGCGAAGGAGACGACUUGGAAGCUGAUCACGGCAAAAAUCGCCCUCUUGGCAUCGUUGAUCGCCCAAUUAUCUCGAACAUGACCGAAAGACGUCUCAUUCUCUCGUGGAAACCAUAUGUCCCCUUCUGUAUGCAUUAUCCGUGCACAUACAAAGUUGAAAUGUGUGAAGUUCCCGAAGGAGAUUGGUAUCCCGUAGCUUCAGGCGUAAAGGGAUGCAGAUAUGAAAUUCGUGGAUUAGAACCGUAUCGCGAUUACAAAUUCCGUAUUUUCGUUGAAAGUAAGGAAGGAAUUAGUGAACCAAGUCCCUUCGUGCAAACGCAUCGACAAAAGGUUAUUCCUCCGGCGUCGGAUUUGCAUCCUUAUGGUACUCCCGGAAUCGAUUUCAGACCGAAAUUGCCUCCUUCAUUGCCCAAAGACUUCGAUAUUGAACGACCUCCGCAUGAUAAAUUGCAACAACCUCCUGUCUUCUUGGAUCGCGAACGUUUGUACGAAUACGGCAUCAAAGGACACAACACUCGUCUUCAUUGGUUCCUUAUCGGCUAUCCCAAGCCCGUUGUCAAGUUCUUCAAAGGCUCCGAACCAAUCGAAAUGGGAGGCAAAUACAACUACAGUUACACUCGUAACGGGCAAGUCACUUUGUUCAUUGAGCACAUGAGCGAAAAUGAUGCUUGCGAAUACGAAUGUUACGCCACGAACGAAUAUGGCGAAGCUCGUCAACGCAAUCGCUUGGAAUUCGCCGAAUAUCCUCGUUUCAUCCAACGCCCCGAAGAAUGUUAUGUCAUGUCACGUCGUUCAGGACGUAUCGAGGCACGUAUCACAGGUAUCCCGUAUCCCGAAAUUAAAUGGUUUAAAGAUUGGCAACCGCUUGCUGAAACGUCACGAACAAAGAUGGUUUAUUACGAACCUGAUAUCUGCGUUUUGUUGAUCACGGAUGCCAUUAAACGUGACGAAGGAUUGUACACGAUAACUGCUACGAACGUUGCUGGUUCAAUUUCGAACUCUGUGAUGCUUCAUGUUGAAGAUAAUGAGGAUGAGUAUGCGUAUAAUGCUCAUUUCCGUUCGCCAUACAUCAGAUCGAAGCAAAAGCCUUACAAGGAUUUGUACGAUAUUGGCGACGAAUUGGGCAGAGGUACGCAAGGUAUCACAUAUCAUGCUGUUGAACGUGAAACUGGCAAGAAUUUCGCUGCAAAGAUCAUGUAUUGCAAAGAUGAGUUGCGUACCUUCAUGUUUAACGAACUCGAUAUCAUGAAUUCGUUGAAUCACAGCAAACUUGUUCGUCCUUAUGAUGCUUACGACACAAAACGAAGCUUGGUUAUCAUCAUGGAGCUUGCUGGAGGACGAGAACUCGUCAAACAUGGAUUACUUUCGCGCGAUUAUUACACGGAACGUCAAAUUGCGAUCUAUGUUUACCAAAUGUUGCUCGGUUUGGAGCACAUGCAUUCACGUAACAUCGCUCACAUGGGAUUAACUCUCAAGGAUAUCCUUCUUGCACAUCCCGGCGGCGAUAAAAUCAAACUUUGUGACUUUGGAUUAGCUCGUCGUAUCUCCAACACACUCGAACCUCUCGAUUUCGGUAUGCCCGAGUUCGUUGCUCCUGAAGUUGUCAAUCGUGAAGGCGUCGGAUAUGGUCAAGAUAUGUGGGCAAUUGGUAUCAUCACGUACAUUUUACUCGGAGGCGAUAGUCCGUUCCGCGGAGAAAAUGAUAGAGAAACUCUGACGAAAGUUCGUGAAGGACAAUGGCAGUUUAUGGGAUCCAUUUGGUCUCAUAUCUCGGAUGAAGCGAAAGACUUUAUCUCGAAAUUGCUCGUUUAUAAUGCUUAUGAACGUAUGGAUGUCAAGACAGCAUUGCAACAUCCAUGGUUCGAUAUCAUUACGCGUGUUGUUCGUGACGAAUAUUUGAUUGGAACAGAUAGAUUGAGACGUUACUUCAACUUGUACAAGGAUUGGCAUAAUACAGCUUCGUGUCGCAAAUAUUACAGAAGAAGACCAUUGUUGUCGGCGUUUGAUAAUCCAUCCAAGAUGAUUUGGUCUCUCAAUGAAAAUUGGACUCCUGAAUCGACUCCUCCGCCACAACAGCACAUUCCAAAGAAGUUCGAAGAUUUGACAUCAACUUAUUUGCAUCCAGAUUACGAACUUGGUCGCUUCAAAUCAGACAGCCAAUACCAAAAUGGACCUGAUACUUAUUUGCUACAAUUGAGAGAUGUAAGCUUCCCAUGUCGUCUUCGUCAGUACAUGAGUGUUGCAAAACGGCGUUCACCGAGCUUCAAUUAUACCCUAUCUGACAGCAAUUACGAUUUGAGUAUGCCCGUUAUUCGUGAAAGAAGAAGAUUUACCGACAUCAUGGAUGAAGAAAUUGACGACGAGCGUCGUUCCAGAUAUUCACGUCAUGGCACCGAAGACACAAUUUCUUCGCGUCGUUUGCGCAGCGAAGUUGGAACACGUUUGCAAUCGUACUCCGAAAUGGAUGCGAUGAUGGAAACAGGACGUCAAGGUCAUCCAACGUUCUUCCGUGAAAAGCCUCAAACUGUCGCCUUGAAGAUUGGACAACCCGCUCAACUUUCGUGCUUCGCAGUUGGCGAUCCAAAACCGUCUGUUAUGUGGUACAAGAACGACCAAAUUAUCCAAGAAUCGAAACGCAUCGUCUUCCUCACCGACAAAGAUGGGCGUACAAUUCUUCAAUUCAACGAAACCAAAAUGGACGAUGUUGGCAUCUACAAAGCUGUUGCCCGAAAUGUUAUAAAUCAAACAACGGCGCGUUGUCGUGUUGUUGUCGCCACGAAACCCAAUCCGCCAGAUGCGAUUAACGUCGUUGCCUAUUCCGACACGGAGAUUUUGUUGCGUUGGAAACAACCGAGAUACGAUGGAAAUUCACCCGUUUUGUGUUACAGCUUGCAAUAUCGUCGCGAAGAGGAACAAGCCUUCCAUGAUAUUGCUGAUAACAUCGAUCACGAGUUCUAUUUAGUGCAUGAUUUGCAACCCCGAGGCUCAUAUGUCUUCCGUAUCGCUUCUCGUAACCGUAUUGGAUGGAGUGAAACUACUACAUUAUCGGAUGUUGUCACUUUGCACGAUGUAGGAGCUGAAAAAAUCAAAAUUACAAAGACCAUGAAACAUUUGCAACAAAUCACGGAAUCAGGACAUCCAAUUUCGCUCGAAGAACACAAACACAGAGUCGAUUAUCGCUUGGAAAAAGACGUUUUGGAAUGGUUCUCCGACGAAAGUUACGCCGAACGUUACCAAUUUGUAUCGGAAAUUGCUCGUGGCAAAUUCAGCAUCGUCGUUAAAGCCAUCGAUCGCUUGAAAAACACAAAUGUCGUUGCAAAGAUCUUCGAUUAUACCGACGACACAUCACGCAUCAUUGAACAGGAGUUUGAAACGCUUCGUUCGUUGCGACACGAAAGAAUUGUUUCGCUCAUCACAGGCAUCAAACCGGAUAACGCCCAAAUUGGCAUCAUGAUCAUGGAAAAACUGCAAGGCGCGAAUAUUUUGACCUAUUUGAGCAGUAGAACGGAAUACACGGAACAAGUUGUAGCGACAGUCAUCAUGCAAGUACUUGACGCUUUGCAAUAUUUGCAUUGGAGAAAUUAUUGCCAUCUCGAUUUGCAACCAGAUAAUAUCGUCAUGGCUUCAGUGCGAUCGGUAGAGAUUAAAUUGGUUGACUUUGGAUCAGCGCAAAAGGUUUCGAAGCUCGGAACAAAUGUACCCGUUUCUGGAUGGCUUGACUUUAUGUCACCUGAGGUAUUGAACGAAGAACCCGCUUAUCCCCAAUCUGAUAUCUGGUCUGUUGGCGUGCUCACAUACGUGCUUCUUUCCGGCGUGAGUCCCUUCCGCGGCGCCGACGACGAAGAAACCAAGGCAAACAUCAACUUUGAACGUUACAAAUUUGAACAUUUGUACAAAGGCGUCACUCCCGAACUGACACGCUUCUUGCUCUUCGUCUUCAAACGAACACCCACAAAACGUCCCACAGUCGAGGAAUGCUACGAGAACAGAUGGCUCCAAUCUACGGACUUUAUGAUCAAAAAACGCGAACAUAUGCGCUUCAAUACACAACGCAUCAAGGAAUUCAGCGAGAUGUACAACACAAUCAAACAGGAGGAAGCUGCCAAAGUUGAUUCUGAACCGCAAUUGCCGAUGAACGAACCAUCGCCUCGACAGCUGAUCCGAUCGAACAGCAUCCAAGAGGAACUUUUGACUACAUUUUAAGGAAUUUUAAUAUUUUUUUUUUUCGAUAAUUAUCUUUGGACCACACGAUUGCCAUAAAUUUAUUCAUAAUAA